AGGCAGCCUCUAAUUGGUGGAUUUGUCUGUGGCGUCCAAUGGCGUGUGGCGUUGGUAACAAAUCUGUACAAGGAAAUGCUGGAUAGACUGGCACAGGAGAAUUCUAGCUAUUAGAGUUGGAGAACCGCUUCUUCUUUUCAGGGAUAUACCAUUAGUGUUUGCCUGGGUGAAUCGGUAUCAUGUCUUUUCCCUUCAGAAGGAGGUCGCGGAAUGAGUUUAAACACAUAGCCCAUGGCUUGAUCCCUGCUGCUACCGUAGCCCCUAGAUCUGCUGUUCCCCGUACUCCUCCCCCACGUAGUCCAAACCCUUCUCCAGAAAGACCCCGGUCAGCACUUGCAGCUGCCAUUUUAAUGACCUCUUUAACAGGUCGCACAGUUGCAAUACCACAGCCCCGCCAGAGAUCGUAUUCUGAAAAUGACAGCACAUAUAUGGAAGAAAGUAGCACAAUUGAUCCAUAUGCCACUGCAAGAGAUCUGGGAUUAGAGCAAAACUGGAAGGAGUACCGGGCUAGGCAAAAUAUUGUUUCCCCUGUUAUGUCAUUUAAUUUUGAUGAUGAAGACACAGAGGAGGAGAUGUCAGACAUCGAGAGAGAACAUGCUGUUAAUAUUUCUGAAAAGAAAGAGGAAAUGCAAUCACAUGAGCCAAUUUAUUCCUUGCCACUAAAGAAAAAAAAGGAAACUAUCCUGCCUGAAAUAGCAAGCAAGUUGUCAUCUCAGAGAGCUGAACUACUGAAUUCUCCGACUAUGUCUGGCCCUGAACAGCAAGAAGAAGAAUCAAUUGAUGGCCGUGUGGACCCUUCCGCAUCACCUCCACCAACCAAGCAGACAAGUGAAAGACCCCUCGAACAGAAUCAAGGAAGAGAAACUAAACAAAAGCAAAAUAAAGAAAUAAUUAAAUCAGAUGGCAGUCUUACAUUAAAUAAAGACCCAGUUAUUCCAAGCAUGAAUGAAGCUGAGCAGCUAAGGGCAAGAAAUCUGUAUCUCUCUGAUGAAAAUCAGGCACUAUCCAAUAAACUUCAGGAAUUGAAAAACCAAAUAAAAGCCAUGAGAAUUAAGCUUAAAGAAGUGAAAAAUGAAAAAAGAGAUCUUUCCCAGAGUAUUAAAAGACAGCAGACGGAUGCUGAAGCAGCAGAACUGGCAUCUCUAAGAGAACAGGCACAAGAACUGGUCGAUCAAAAUGAUGCACUAAAAACUACAGUUUACCGGCUAAAUGUGGAACUGAGCCGUUAUCAAACGAAAUUUCGGCCUUUGUUAAAGGAUGAGAAAGUGAAGUUAGGCAGUUUGCCUCAAAAGGGACCUCCACCUCCCUGGCUGCUGGAUAUGAAAUAUUUAUCACCACUGUUGCUUGCAUAUGAAGACAGAAUGAGGGAAAAAGAUGAUUUACUCAUUUCGUUUGAGGAGGAAGUUAAAAAUUUCAAAACACGGGUUAAAAAGGUUGUCGAAGAGAAUAAGCAGUUGCACAAUGAACUACAAGGGAAAAGAGACAUAACUAAUGCCGAAUGGCAGCUAAUACAAGCUCAAGCCAAGCUAGUACUGGAAGAAAACCAGACCUUGAUGGAACAACUGCAGGUAGAACAAGCAAAAGCAAAAGAGACUGAGAGAAACCACCUGAUGGAAGUUACCAGAUUAACAAAGCAGAUGAUGGUUUUGGAAGGAAAAAAUCAGAGUCGAGAGGAAGAACUACUAGAGUUUCAGAAACAGCAGGAAGUUUUACGCUCCAAGUAUGAUGAGCUAAAAGCUAACAUGGAAGGCAAAGUAGCUGCAGAAGAGCAUGUUGCUAUGGUGAAUGAAUUAAAAAGUCAAAUUCAGCACAUACAAGAUAAAAGUAAAAGGGAAGAAAAGGAUCUAAUUGACAAGAUAGCCACUUUGCAAUUACAAAAGAAGAGCCUUCUUUUGGAGAGAAACAACCUAUUAGCUGAUAACAAGAUUCUGGAUGCUGAAGGAGAAACAGUCAAAAAAUUAAAUAGAAAACUACAGAGAAAACUUGGCCAUUUGAAGCAACAGCUGGAAGAUGCAUUGGAGAAAGAGGUUGCAGCCCAUCAGUAUUUAGCCAACAUUAUUACACUUGCAGAGAAUAUUUCUUUAGAACGGGAUGAAUUGAUGCAAGUGGCUAAAAGCUUAAAAACUGAAAAACAUAGUUUCUUUAAUAAGAUGUUGGAAGGAAAUGUACGUUUGGAAAAGCUAGAAGAAUUAGUAAAGGUAUACAAGAAGAAGGCUGCUGGAAAACUGCAAGACAUCAGCCACAGACUAUCAGAGCAGGAGGAAGACUUUGCAGGGAAAGCAGUCCAGUAUCAGCGUGAAAUGAGGCACCUCCAGCGGCUGCUGCAAGAUAGACAGCAAACCCUUGAUGAAGUAUUGCAGCAGAAAAGAUACUUUAUUCUGUGUUCAAAUGCAGUGCCCUCUGGGACAGACCUGCAGAGCAGAUUUAGAUCGGUUAACCCUUGCACUGCCAUACAUGAGAAUCUUCUGCAAAUCAAAAAUCAUUUAAAUGAUUUGUAAAUACAGAUCUUUUAUGAUCCCCAUUAAUUACAAACCACAGCUGUCCUUUUUCAGAAGGACAAGCAAAAAGCAUGCAGUACCUUUGUUAAAUUAGGGUGUAAUCAUGCAUUACUACACUGUGUUUUGUUUGGUCGUCCUUCAGUAAUAACUGAAAAAAAUACCUAAGCCUUAUAGAGAGCAAUAUACCUGUAAUGUAUGUAUAUGUAUGUGUCACUCUAAACACUAAACAGCUGCAGCAUCUGUAAUAGAAUAUAGACACAGGCAAUCUUGGAUCCAGUCUCUAAAUGCAGUAUUCAUUUGUGUUGGUGCAGGGCUUGCUUUAUAACGUCAGCAGCCAGACCCCUGUGUAUUUUUUUCAUGCUUCUGACAGAUGUGGAAGCAUUUGUAUUUUAACAACUACAGGGUCUGUCAUGCCCUGUACUUAAUUCCCGUAUAUGAAAGCUGGGUUGGAUUCAAUAGUGUUUACAGUCUGUUCCAAUUAUAUUAUGAUUUAUAUUCUGUAUCCAGGCAUAAUGAACGGCUAAAGCAUUGCUUAUUAACCUGUAGAAAUUAAUUUAAGAAAGCCUUAGUUUUUAGUCUACUAGAAGCCCUCCAUUGUAAACAAUAUCUCUAUUGAAGGCUGAUGUUAAAUGUAGAAAUAAAAUAAACCUGUUGCCUUGCCAUAAA